CCUGAGUCGCUGAUGCAAGCACUGGAGGACCUGGACUACCUGGCGGCCCUGGAUGAUGACGGGAACCUGUCGGAGGUGGGUAUCAUCAUGUCGGAGUUCCCGCUGGACCCACAGUUGGCCAAGGCCCUCAUCGCCUCCUGUGAGUUCGACUGUGUGGAGGAGAUGGUCAGUCUGGCUGCCAUGCUCACAGCGUCCCCCUGCUUUGUGUCACCGUCCACGCACCUGGAGGAAGCUGUGGCCCUGCGCCAGCGGGCACUGCUGCACCCCAAUGGGGACCACUUCACCCUCAUCAACAUCUUCAACGCCUUCCAGCAGCAUGCAGGGGACGAGGGCUGGUGCCGGAAGCACGGGGUGGACGCGGAGGCACUGCGGCUGGCGGGCACCGUGCGGGCAGAGCUGCGACGCACCGCGCUGCCGGUCUCGCCACCUGCCUUCGGCUCCGAUGCCAACGCCCUCAACAUCCAGCGGGCACUCAUCUCUGGGUACUUCCUCAAGGUUGCCCGUGACAUCGAUGGCUCUGGGAACUACGUGAUGCUGACGCACAAGCAUGUGGCCCACCUGCCCCCCGCCUGCGGGUACCUGCUGCGGCCACCUCCCCGCCUCUACCACGAGUUCGCCAUCUCCCAGGACAACUGCUUGCGCGUGGUCUCGGAGAUCCAACCCCAAAUGUGA